GUCGGACUUUUGGCAGGUCCCGCCGAGUCCGUAUCCGCACCUGCCGAUAGUUAGUUACUCCAGCUUUGUAACGUCAUCAGCCCGACUCUGCCAUGCGACCUCGCCCUCGUCCACCGCCAUCAUUCAAUUGCUAUUCAAUGAUAAAAGCGCCUCGUCUGCUGCAUCUCAGCCCGGCUCGACCCAAACUAUAGUCGCUUCCCUGCUGACCCAUGAACCGUUCAUUGCAUUGCGUCCGGCUUCUCCAUGGCCAUCCAGGACGGAGCGACAGCCGACGAGGACCGGCCGCUAAAGGCCCCGCCCUCCAUUGCCUCGCGUGUUAAUGCCAACGGCAAUGCCCCCCCCUCUGAUGGUCAACCGCACUCCCUGGCCGAUGCUCUGCACGCGGCAGGCGUUCAUCUCGACGGCGCCUCCGUGACCGGAUCAGACACCCCCAGCGAGGAGGACUACGAUGAGAACGUGCGGCCAUCGUACGCCAGCGGCGCCUCCAUCGCGACCAAUGCUCGUCCACUGACACGGCGAAGAAAGCCCAACGCCGACAAGUCGCAACCGUCACCACCCAAGAAUGAGCGCCUUGCCAACGUCAUUCGCGACGAGUCGGGCGUGCUCAUAAUUCCAGACAAUGACCAUGGUAUCCAAGAGCUACUGCGGCAAAGUCCCCUCCGUUUCAAGGACCCCAAGGCUGCUAAGAAGCUGAGCAAGUUCGGCAACCUCACCUACACGCAGCAACUCUCGGUCUUUGACCCCCACAAUGUCGUUGCAACAAACAGCCCGUUUCAUGGCUUCUACACGCUCUUCUGGCUAUCCGUCGCGCUCUUCGUGUUCAAGAUAUCCGCCAAUAACUGGAGACAGUAUGGCACGCCCUUGGGGUCGCAGGAGAUCCUGAGGAUCAUGUUUUCCCGCGAUGUCAUCGUCUUGCUUCUCUCGGAUGGAAUAAUGUGCGGUCUUACCGGCGUCAGCUGGGCCAUCCAGAAGCUCGUCUUCCGUGGCUGGUUGGACUGGGAUGGCUGGGGUUGGAUCAUCCAAAAUAUCUGGCAAACCACCUUUCUCGCCGGAGUCGUUGGCUGGACGCUCAUCCGCGAUUGGCCCUGGACGCAUACCGUCUACUUCGUGCUGCACGGCCUUGCGAUGCUCAUGAAGCAGCACUCGUACGCCUUUUAUAAUGGUCACCUAUCCACAGCGUACAAGAAGCGCAGGUACCUGCUCGCAAAGCUGAAGCAGCUGGACGGUAUACAUCCGUCCCCGGACGAGUCCUCCACCGCCCCAGCCGCCAGCACCAUCGACACAUCUCGGCUCGAUGCGCCGCCUUCGGCCGCCGAGCGUCGGCACUCGCUGGCCCAGCUCCCCAACGCCGAGCGCGACAUCGAUCGCAUUUCCGCCGCCAUUGCCUCGCGCCAGCCGCUCGACGACGAGCAGAUCCGCCUGUUCGAGCGCGUCGUCAAGUGGGAGGUGGACGCCCUGGCCGACGAGCUCCGAGGAACGGCGCGGGACGCCAGCAAGGCGUAUCCCAACAACCUGGGGUUCCUCAGCCACUACAAGUGGAUUCCUCUACCAACCGUGGUGUAUGAGUUGGAGUACCCGCAGACACAUUCGAUUGAUUGGGCCUACGUGGCUGAAAAGACCGUCGCACUGGUCGGUGUCAUUUUCGUCAUGGUUCAGGUAGCGCAAUACGCUAUAUACCCCGUGUGGCUAAAGACGGUCCAGAUGAAGGAGGAUGGCCUGUCGCUCGCCGACCAGUUCAAGGAAUUCCCCUGGCUCUACGGGGACUUGGUCUUCCCCCUCAUGAUGGAGUAUCUGCUCGCGUGGUACCUCAUCUGGGAGACCGUCCUCAACAUCCUCGCCGAGCUCACCUUCUUCGCGGACCGGAGCUUCUACGGCCCCUGGUGGAACUGCGUCUCCUGGGACCAGUUCGCCCGCCUGUGGAACCAGCCCGUCCACCUGUUUCUCCUCCGCCACGUCUACCACAGUUCCAUCUCCUCCAUGAAGGUCAACAAGCACACCGCGACGCUCAUCACCUUCUUCCUCUCCGCCUGCGUCCACGAGCUCGUCAUGCUGUGUUUGUUCAAGAAGCUCCGGGGCUACCUGCUGGCGCUGCAAAUGUUCCAGCUCCCGUUGGUGCGCCUGGGCCGGACAAAGUGGCUGCGUGGGCGCCAAACCCUCGGCAACGUCUUGUUCUGGCUAGGUGUCUUUACGGGACCGAGUUUGCUGUGCAGCUUAUAUUUCAUUCUCUAA